AUUAGGUUCCCGCGCUGAGAAAGCAGUGAGUGAGUGAGGGAGGGUUUAAGGUGAAGGAAGUGAAAUCGGUAAUGGAAGACGAAAUGGAAAUGGAGACUUCUCCCAAUCUCAGCAACUACUUCGAUCCACAAGACCUCACCACCCGAGAGCAGUUCCGCAGAUACCGGAAGAGGCACUCGACUUCAGGUGCUUUAUCCCAACAAGAAAACUCGGCUUCCAAGUUGAGUGAAACUGGGCUGUUAUAUGAUGGCCAAAGCAUCCAUAGUCCUACUAAUGCGGCACUUGUUCUUGAAAAUAUUAAACAAGAGGUUGAGAGUCUUGAUGCUGAUUACUUGGAAGACAAGACACAGUAUUCCUCUAGAAGGAGGUUAUCUAUUGAUACUCACGGCGCGGAUGCUGGUUUUGACUCUGUACGCAGCUCGUUAAAGGCUUGUAAGCAAGAGGUUGACUCGUUGGGAGAUGGCGCAGAAACAAUCUUUACUUUAUUUGCAUCUCUGCUUGAUUCUUCUCUGCAAGGACUGAUGCCUAUUCCUGAUCUGAUACUAAGAUUCGAGAAUGCAUGUAGAAAUGUUUCAGAGUUUAUCAGGUAUGGGUUGAAUAUAAGGCAUCGAGUUGUUGAGGACAAAUUGAUGAGGCAGAAGGCUCAGCUCCUGCUUGAUGAGGCGGCGACAUGGUCUCUCUUGUGGUUCCUUUAUGGGAAAGGGACCGAAGAAUUAUCUACAGAGCAAAUACUGGUGUCAGGAACCUCACAUGUAAUGGCUUGUGAAUUUGUUGCGGAGGACCACACAGCUCAAUUAUGCCUUCGGAUUGUCCAGUGGUUAGAAGGUUUAGCUUCUAAAGCACUUGACUUAGAAGCAAAGGUAAUUUAUUGCGAUAUUUUUCUGCUUGGGAAGUUGAUUUGUUCACAAAUAGCAUUUGUUUUUUACUUUUUAAAUGAUGUUCGUGGAUCUCAUGUUGGCAGUUAUCUCCCCAGUUCUGGUGUUUGGCAUCAUACUCAACGUUACCUAAAGAAAGGAACUUCUGACAUGAACGUUGUUCAUCACCUGGACUUUGAUGCUCCAACUCGUGAAAAUGCACAUCUUUUGCCUGAUGACAAAAAACAAGAUGAAUCUCUUUUAGAAGAUGUGUGGACUCUGUUAAGGGCUGGAAGACUAGAAGAGGCAUGUGGACUUUGCCGGUCUGCUGGACAGCCAUGGAGAGCUUCCUCUCUGUGCCCAUUUGGAGGUUUGAACCAGUUUCCUUCUGUUGAUGCUCUGGUGAAGAAUGGUAAAAAUAGAACCUUGCAAGCACUUGAGUUUGAAAGUGGCAUUGGUCAUCAGUGGCAUCUUUGGAAAUGGGCUUCAUAUUGUGCAUCAGAGAAAAUAGCCGAGUUAGAUGGGAAAUAUGAAGCAGCUGUGUAUGCAGUCCAAUGUAGCAACCUAAAACGAAUGCUUCCUCUCUGCACAGACUGGGAGUCAGCAUGCUGGGCAAUGGCAAAGUCUUGGCUAGAUGUGCAGGUAGACUUGGAAGUCACUCGUUCCCUGCCAGGGGGAGUUGAUCAACUUAGAACUUUUGGAGAUGCAACUGAUGGAAGCGCUGGACAUGCUGAUGGUUCCUUUGAGCCUUCAAAUGGACCUGAAAAUUGGCCAAUUCAAGUUUUGAAUCAGCAACCACGACAACUUUCAUCUCUUCUUCAGAAACUUCAUUCAGGGGAAAUGACUCAUGAAACUGUUACCCGACAGUGCAAGGAGCAACAGCGACAAAUUCAGAUGACUUUAAUGCUUGGGGACAUACCACGUGUACUAGACCUUAUAUGGUCAUGGAUAGCACCUUCGGAAGACGAUCAGAAUGUAUUUAGGCCUCAUGGAGAUCCUCAAAUGAUACGAUUUGGUGCACAUCUAGUCCUUGUUCUUAGAUAUUUGGUUGCUGAAGAAAUGAAGGAUGCCUUCAGGGACAAGAUUCUAAGCAUUGGUGAUCAUAUUCUGCAUAUGUAUGCCCUAUUUCUCUUUUCAAAGGAGCAUGAGGAGUUGGUGGGCAUAUAUGCUUCUCAGCUUGCGCGUCACCGAUGCAUUGACCUCUUUGUGCACAUGAUGGAACUUAGGUUGCACAGCAGCAUACAUGUCAAAUACAAGAUAUUCCUUUCUGCUAUGGAAUAUUUACCAUUUUCUUCUACGGGUGAUUCCACGGGCAAUUUUGAAGACAUUAUUGAGAGAAUUUUGUUGAGAUCUCGAGAUAUCAAGGUUGGCAAAUAUGAUAACCUGUCAGAUGUUGUAGAACAGCACAGACUGCAGAGUCUUCAAAAAGCUAAAGUCAUCCAGUGGCUUUGCUUUACACCACCAUCAACAAUUACUAAUGUCAAAGAAGUUAGUAAAAAACUUCUUCUCCGAGCAUUGGUACAUAGCAACAUACUCUUCAGGGAGUUUGCUUUGAUUUCUAUGUGGAGAGUACCGGCAAUGCCAAUAGGUGCCCACACUGCACUUGGUUUUCUUGCUGAACCAUUGAAACAGCUUGCAGAUACUCUUGAGACCUCUGAGGAGGAUUAUAAUGUUUUUGAGGAUCUGAGGGAGUUCCAAGACUGGCGUGAGUAUUACUCCUGUGAUGCAACCUACCGCAAUUGGCUCAAAAUUGAAUUAGAGAAUGCAGAAGUUCCUGUCUCUGAACUGUCACUGGAGGAAAAGGAAAGGGCCAUUUCUAUGGCCAAGGAAACAGUGAAUGCAUCUCUUUCACUGCUAGAAAGAAAAGAAACAUCUUGGUUGGCUUCUAUUGAUCAUAUAUAUGAAUCAGCUGAAACCGUUUUCCUCGAACUUCAUGCAACUGCAAUGCUCUGCCUGCCAUCGGGAGAGUGUUUGUGUCCAGAUGCUACUGUAUGCACUACACUGAUGAGUGCCCUCUACUCCUCAGCUGGUGAUGAGGUUGUCUUAAAUCGACAACUGAUGGUGAACGUCUCUAUAUCUUCUAUUGACAAGUAUUGCAUUGACGUUGUUCUUCGUUGCUUGGCAAUAGCUGGUGAUGGACUUGGGCCACAUGAUCAGAAUGAUGGUGGUAUUCUUGGCACCAUUAUGGCUGCUGGUUUUAAAGGGGAGCUUCCUCGGUUUCAAGCUGGAGUUACAAUGGAAAUAUCCCGAUUGGAUGCUUGGUAUUCUGAUAAAGAUGGCACCUUAGAGUGCCCGGCAACAUACAUUGUGAAAGGCCUCUGUCGUAGAUGCUGUCUCCCAGAAGUCAUUCUUCGUUGCAUGCAAGUUUCUGUUUCUCUCAUGGGAUCAGGAGUCCUGCCUGAUUGCCACGAUACUUUGAUUGAACUAGUUGGCAGUCGUGAAACUCACUUUCUUCACUUGUUUAGUCAACAGCAAUUACAGGAGUUUUUAUUGUUCGAGAGGGAAUACUCUAUCUGCAAAAUGAAGCUAACGGAAGAAUGAUUAUUGCCCCUUGAGCAGAACUUGAUCUGGAGCUUCUUCUGGUGCUACAGUUUUGAAAGGAUGAAAUACCUUAAAAACGCUUGCUUUUUUUUUUUUUUUUAUGUGGUAAUUAUCUUGCUUUUAGUGGGAAAAAGGACUGAGGAUAAAAGUGCCUUGUGCUUAUUGCUCAAAGCAUGUCUUCUGAAAUUUUUCUGCAUCUUGUUCUUUGGAAAAAGGAAAUCCCUUUUUUGUAUAUAAUUAUGUUAUU